GGAACAAACCAUUAACAGUCUUUUCUUUUUUCUUUUCCUUGCACAAACGUAUAAUCUUAAAUUAAUUUUGAGGCAAUGAAAAUCUAAACAAAUGCCUUUGCAGUGCACUAAAACAAAAAAGGGUAGAAGCUGACGAUCAUGACGGGUUUUAAAUAGUUAGGCUAUAUGGUUCAGUCUGUUCAUUCAGCAAUCUGAACUGUCUAUAAGCACAUACAGAGGUUCAUGAUCCAUGGAUGAUGAAUACGAAGAUAACAUGGAAGACGAUCAACAGACUAAUACUUCAGGAGCACAAUCUGAGUCAUAUCUGGAGGAAGUUGCCAAGAUACAAGAUGUCCUUGCGCCAGGUGGAAUUUUUGUGGAGUAUAUUAGGACCAAUUCUGUUACUCUUGUUUGGGAUCCCCCAGACAGCAUAUCUUCAUUUGAACUUACGUACUCUAGUGCCACAACCACAAAGACCUCUGUUAUCUCAAAUGUCAAAACUAUAGAAGUGGAAGGUCUUUGUCCAGAAACGGAGUACACGUUCAGCCUGGUUUCAGUAUCAGAAAAUGGUGUGCGAAGUGUGGGGGUUACAACGACUGCGUGCACCAAGCCAGUUCCACCUGAAAACUUCAAGGUUGAGAAUGUGAGCGCCACAUCAGUUACUCUCAUUUGGGAUGCAGCUGGCUGUAUGAAGAAAUUUAAUUUACUCUGCUGCCAGAAUCGAGAAAUCAUUCAGAAAAUGACAACAGAAAUAGGCACUGUGGCUUUUAGUGACCUGAAUCCGGGAAAUAAGUACUCCUUUCACAUUGCAACAGUGCUUACAAAUGGCGACAGAAGUAAAGAAGCAGUGACAUAUGCUCAAACCAAAACCAAACUUCAUAGCCUCUUGCAGGAUUUGGGAUUGGAGCAGUAUUACCCCAACAAACUCUCACUCAGCGCUGUGCUACAGAUCGACAAGAGGUCAGUAACAGAUGAGCCAGCUCAGUCUCUAGCAUGUUUACCAUGGCUGUUCCUGAAGAAACUGAUGAUGGUGAACGUCACUGCAAGAAGUGUCAAAUAUUCUCUCCCAUCUGAGGAGAGAGAAGAUUUGUCAAGCUUAGACAUUUACAACGAUCCAAUGGAUUUACUUAAUGAUGAGAACAGCAGUGUGAACCCUUUAGACAUAGUGACAGCUCUGUUUCUUUGUUCGGAUGGUUUCCUACAGCAAGAAAUGGUCGCGAAAAUGUCAAUGUGUCAGUUCUCUGUACCAUUACUUCUUCCAAACUGUGACACUCAACAGUGCACAUUCAUUCUUUGGGCCAUGAGAGAUAUUGUGAAGAAAUUUAGACCUCACUCACUGUCAGAUCCAAGAGGCUUUGUGGAAGACAGAAUUGUUCACUCUAAGCUUCCCCUAGUGUCCUUUGUCAGACUUGGGGAUUGCAGCUUCUCUAAAUCUCAGAUCCUAAACAAGCUGUUCAGCAACCCCCAACAGUAUCACGAUACAUUUGUACAUCAUGGCAUGGAUUUUGGAGAUAUUUCGAGAAGGAUAUCAGAUGGCUUAGUUGAGAUCAGUUGGUAUCUGCCUUGUGGAAACAAAAACAUUGAUGUCUUUCCCGAACCACUUGCUUUUGCAAACCUGAGAGGUGACAUCAGUACCUUUGAAACACAGUACACCUUCUUAUGUCAGACCUCCACUGCCGUUUUUGUGUUCUUUGACACUCUGAAUACAAACCUUAAGUUUCUCACCAACCAACAUGCUAAAGCACAGUUUUUUUUAGUGGGUAACCGACAGAGCAAAGCUCUUAAUAUGGAGCAUCUGAAAAGCAUAGCCUCCGAAAUGAGUCUGAAGAAAAACAACAUAAUCCUUAAGACCAAUCAAAACGAUGCCAGUUUUGUCAAACAGCUGCAUUCUUCAAUAAGUUACAUUAUUAAUAGACUGCCAAACAAAGUAUGUCUUGAGGAGAUGGACACUACUGCACAUGAACUUGGGAUUCUAGUUGAUGAAGACAUCAAAGAGUGUCAGAACGCCAAAAACAAUGCACAUGGCAUUACCAAGAACAUACAGGAUACGCUGCACUUCAAAGAGGUUCAACUUCCCCUUCAAGGUAAAAUCUGGAAAGAUUUGGCAAAAUUGGAAAAAGAGGAAUGCAGACUCCGUAAAGCAGGAGGACAAAACAUAGAGACGUACAAGAGCGAUCUCCAGAUGAAAAAGACUGAACUCAGGAAACAACAGAGUAAAUAUGACAUCUCACAGGCAAUGACCUGCUUUGUUACUGCACUAACAAGCUCAAGCCUGGAGAGAUCUUUUUUCCUGAAGUGGAUGCGUAUGAAUCUUGACAAUGUCUCCCGUGAAAGCCUCUCUAGUCUCCGAGAGCUAUACAAAGAAAAGAGUCAAUCUUCAGAAAACAAAGAGGAAAUUAAACAGCUCGACCAACAAAUCUCCAGUAGUUCUUUAGGAACAGAGCACUUUUUGCGCGAAAUGGGACAACUUUAUGAAGCUGCAGUGUCACUUCCAGAAAAUGUAGAAUCACGUAAACAAAUGCUCCACUUACCCAGACUAUGUGCUGAGCUAAUGUUGGAUGGCUUCCCUCUGGAGCUGGUCGAUGGAGAUGCAUCGAAUAUUCCUCUCAGAUGGGUAAAUGAUGUGCUUCAGCAUUUAAACUCUUUGGUGCAGCCCAAUAAUAAAAUCAUGGUAGUGACAGUUUUAGGAGUCCAGAGCACAGGAAAGUCCACUUUGCUGAACACCAUGUUUGGUGUUCAGUUUGCAGUCAGCAGUGGAAGAUGCACCAGAGGAGCAUUCAUGCAACUGAUCAGGGUCACAGAAGACAUCAAAGGAGAACUUGACUGUGAUUAUUUAGUCAUAAUUGACACUGAAGGCCUGAAAUCUCCUGAGCUUGCCAAAUUAGAUGAUAGUCAUGAACAUGACAAUGAAUUAGCCACCCUUGUUGUUGGUUUGAGCGAUAUCACAAUCAUCAAUAUUGCCAUGGAGAACUGCACAGAGAUGAAGGAUAUUCUGCAGAUUGUUGUCCAUGCUUUCCUGAGGAUGAAGGAAAUAGGCAAAAAACCCAAAUGUCAGUUUGUCCACCAAAAUGUUGCAGAUGUAUCAGCAUACGAUAAGAACAUGAGAGACCGGAAGAUCCUUCUGGAGCAGCUGAAUGAGAUGACAGAGGCAGCAUCUAAAAUGGAGAACAAGCAUGAGUAUAAAAGCUUUACUGAUGUCAUGGAGUAUGAUCCAGAAACUUGCAACUGGUACAUACCCGGACUCUGGCAUGGUAAUCCUCCAAUGGCACCAGUGAAUGCUGGCUACUCUGAGGCUGUCUAUGACCUUAAAAAGAAUAUGGUUGCCGUGGUUAAGAAACAAAGAACACAAAUCACAAGAUCCAACAUAACUGAAUUUUUGGAGUGGACAAAAAGCUUGUGGAAUUCAGUGAAAUAUGAAAAUUUCAUAUUUAGCUUCAGGAAUAGCUUGGUGGCGGAUGCAUACAUGAGACUGUGCACAGAAUUCCAUAAAUGGGAAUGGUUGUUCAAGAAGCACAUGCACUCUUGGUUAACUGGAGCUGAAGCUAGGGUGUCAAACUUUGAGAUGAUGAAACUGAAAUCAGACAAGUCAGACCUUCAAGAUCUGUUACGCAGACUGAAACAAGAAGCUGUCACAAAGCUAGACACACUGGAAAAGACCACUAUGGAAAACCUUUCCAGAUACUUUGAGCAAACAGAAGGUCAUGUCUACCUUGUGGAAAAAUACAGAGAAGAUUUUGCGAGCAGUGUAAAAUCUGUCAGGAGGGAAAUUCAGAGCUCUCUGUGGACAUAUCUUGAGUCAAUAGUAGAUAUCAGAAGAGGAAUGAAUAAUCUGGACAACAUCAAGAAAACAUUCACCAAUACAAUGGAGAAAAAAGUGCUGGUUCUACUUGAAGAGUUACGAAAAAGAAACAGCUCAAGAAGUGAUGCACAGACAACUGAUAAGGACCUUGACGAUUCUUUUGAAAAAAUAUGGCAAGAAACUGUCAACGAGCUGUCAUUUGCUGGCUUGAAGGAAAGAAACAUAUUUAAUUAUGUUUUCAGACAACUCCGAGAGAACAUGAAGCAGAAGGGAGGUUUUGUAACAGAGCAGUUAAAUCAAGUGAAGCUGAAAGAUUAUGGUACAGGGCCCUUUAUAGUAAAAAAAGAACACUUUUUCAAAGAAUUGUGGAAACGCUUAUUCAGUGAUAACUCUACUAUGGAUCUACAGGUAAUGGCAGAUGAUUUAAUCUUCACAUGCUCUCAGUUAGUGCAGGAAAAGACUGAGACUCAGUCAGAUUAUCAUGACACCUACAUUCAGGAGAUCUUACACAUAAUUGAUGGAAGAUUUGCUUCAAACAAGAAUAUGGGAUUUUCAGAUGAAUUUGAACUAUCCCUCAAACUGUACAUUUGUGGGUUCUCUGCAAGAAAAUUUGAACACAUGCACAAGUGCUUUAUUACGAAAAACGACCCACGUAGAUGCCUGGAUCAGUUUAAAGACAAGUACUGCAAUGAUUUCAAAGACCUCUUCGAUGAUCGUGAUCAGUGUCAGAGAAAGGCUGAAGAAUUCACUCAACUGUGCUUGAGUCCUGCAGCUGAAACAUUCAUCUACAGCUCCUUGGGUCCAGACAUUGUUGAUGCAAUGCUUCAGGGUAAAAAUGCAUUUCAAUUCAGCACUCGUGCAUUUUUCCAAUACUCUCUCUUAAUGCAUCUUCUAAAUGAAGACCGUUUUGAACUGUAUUUCGAAUACAUAUUAACCUAUGAACGUUUUGUUAAGAGAUGGAUAUUAGGUCAAGUCACAGAACAGUUUUCUAAUGGACAUGAACUGUUUGAGCUGGAGGAGCGUCAUCUCAAAGGAAUCACCAAGGAGACAUUAGAAGCCAUCAAAAUGACACAGAAUGAAACAAAAGAAGGUGGCAUCAAAGGAUUCAUACACAGCAUAUGUAGGAAACUUGGACAAAAACUUGUCAUUCCCAAAGAUGCUCUAGAAACAGUGAUGGCCCUAAACAAUUCAUCUCAAGAGCCAUUUGCACGUUGGCUAAUCAAAUCCGUAGAGGAAAUGGAACAGUCACUGAAGAAAAAACUCAAAGAAGACAACAUACAGAGCAAACUGCGAAAACUCCAGAUGAAACCCCAGGAUGAGCUCUUCAAGCGUGUGUUUGGAUGUGGCAAACAGUGUCCAUUCUGCAAAUCUCCAUGUGAGGCGGGUGGAGGUGCUCACACUGAACACUGUGCCUCAGUACACAGACCUCAGGGACUCGGCCUGUACAGAUUUUUGCAAAGUAAAAAAUUGGUGACUGACAUCUGUUCAACAGAUGUCCACAGUGAAGCACAGUUUCAGUGUCAUGAGACCAAUUAUGAAAACCAUCCCUACAAAAGAUAUAGAGAAAUCUUUCCUGACUGGCACAUCCCUGCUGAUCCCAGCAUAGAGGCCUCAAAUUACUGGAAGUAUGUGAUGGCACGAUUCAACACUAAAUUCGCUGAAUCAUACGAUGCUCUCCCUGCCGAUAUACCCUUUCUUUGGAAAAUGAUCACAAAGCAGCAAGCAUUGACUAGUCUAAAAGAGUCUUUCAGCAUCAAAUAAGCUUUCUUUUCAAGAAGGCAAUAAGCAUGUGGUCAUUCAUGUGAGCUUUCCAUUUAUUUAUUUUAUUUACUUAUAAUUAUGUAAUGAAUUGUAGAACAUAUGGCGCUGCUUUACAAUUUUAUAACUAGUAGAAUACUUUGUGUUGCUUGGAAGCAAAAAACAAACAAACAAUAAGUUGAUUUUGUUAUCUCCACUUUGAUUGUUUAAAUGAAACAGAUAUUGAUAUAUUGUCUAAUGAAAAUGGCUUUUCUUUGCUAUAAUUCUUCUUUCUCUUUUUGAUUUAAUGAUAUUUGUUUAUUACAAAUAUUAAUGUUCCUCAUUUGUAAGUUACUUUUGAAAUGAACUGCUUUUUAAAAAAUGAAAAAAUGUAAAUGCAAAUGUUGAUUUAUCAUGAUUAAAUACUGUAUGUACUACAUGUUAAAUGGGAACUGAGUUUACCAAUUUGAUGUAUUUCAUAAACAUUCAAACACCAAUUAAUGAUUUUAAUCAUUUGAAGCUUGAAGGACCAGUGUGUAAAAUUAAAGAGAAUCUAUUGACAGAAAUGCAAUAUAAUAUACAUAACUAUGUCUUCAGAGGUGUAUAAUGACCUACAGAGUGCGUUUCGUAAAUAUUUUAUCUCCUUCAGCAAAGAACAGUGGCGGUUCUAGACUGCUGUAACUGGGGGGGCCAGGCAGGGGCCACUUAUGCUUGUAGGGGGCACACAAACAUGUGUCAUGAUUAAUUUUCCGUGUCAUGUAUUACUGUUUUCUCUAGAAGUAAACUAAUAAGCUAAUAAAACAAGUUCAGCUCAAAUUAAUGUUCCAUGGUCAUUUAUUUCACAACACAUUGUAUAUAGUCAAAAUAACAAUGACAACAAUAAUAACAUUUAGGCACUUUUCUGCAUCUUAAAUGUACAUACAUGAAUGAAAAACUACCACAAACAAGAUAUCCAAAAAUGAACUUAAGCAGUCAUCUAAACAUGAGUCACAUUAUCAGGUAUUUCCUUUACACAAAGAAAAAAAAUCAUGAAUUUAAAAUUUUUCACAUGUGAUAUAUGUGGUUUUGGCACACUUACAUGUGAAUGCCAUGUUAACUAAAUACUCAUGUAAAAACUCAUGUUUUUCACAUGGAAUUUCAGGGUUACAAAAGUUGUCUCUCUGCACAACUAAAUCACCUUGCUGAUGGGUCCUCUGUUCU